AUGUCCAUGAACGGAAGAAAAUUCGUGCAAAAUUUUACCUAUGGCCUUGAGCGUGACUUCGUUUCUCCCACUGGAGAACCUGCCGCCUGGGCUCAGGGUCAUCCGAAACGAUGGGGACAAGAGAGAGCAAAUAUUCGGCUGGGUGGAAACGCAUCCACGCCCACUCUGAGUCCCGAUGAUAGGCUUGUGGCAGUGGGGGUCGAUGGAGAAAUACGUAUCUUCGAUGUUGCUACGCAGGCGCCUCUCGAAGUGUUGACCGAUGAAGAGCGGGUUGAGAUUGUCCAGUUUGCGCCAGGCGUAGUUGACAGCCGCGAUGGCAAACACGCCCGCUAUUUACUGGCAUCACAAGGUGGCGAUAAUGAGAACCCGCGGGUGGUCCUAUGGGAGCUGGACGAGCAGGGGAAACUCGUCGCCACGACAGAGCCCCGACCCAGCUUCGAGGGCGAGCUCGGGUCUUUCAGUCCGGACGGCAAAACGAUGGUCUUUUUCAGCCAGAACGAGACAACCCAAGAGGAAAGCCGCGAAGCUGCGACUCUUCCCUGUGUCAAUCUGUGGAAUGCCGAAACUCGAUCCUUUCGCCACCACCUGCUGGGCCACACGGACCGUAUCAUGUGGGCUGCCAUGAGCCCCGAUAACAGGCUGGUCGCAUCCGCCGCAUGGGAUGGCGCCGCUCGGCUCUGGAGCGGAGCCUUCUCUUCGGAUCAAAAGUUCCUCGCCGUGAGCCAGGGAAAUCCCAGGACCUAUAUUCACGUCUACGAUAUCGCUACGGGGCAGCCGGUGUCUCGCUUUGAUCGAUUGCACAUGGCGACCCGUUCUCUGUCCUGGAGGCUCGAUGGGACCAUGCUCGCCUGCGGGGCUGAUGACGGUACACUUUGUAUCUGGGAUCCAUACACCGGAGAGGAACAGAUGCGAUGUUUGAUGAUUGUUGGCCGGAAGUUGGUGUUUCAGAUCCGAGAGGGAACCGUGGAGGUAUAUGAUUUUGAGAGCAAUCUCAAGCAGCAGUUUACAAGGGGAGUGGAGGACAAGAUAGACAGAUGCCCUGUCUCGGAGAUGGUCUGCUCCGGGGAUUCCAAAUUCAUUGUGGUCCCGGAUAUGGAUGGAUCUUUGAGAAUUUGGGACCUCUAG